AGGAGGGAGGGCUUAAACGCGGGGAGAAAAACUUUUAGUUCGACUCCCGGCUCAUAAGCAAUGAGCGAAGUUUGCUAAAAGUCAUAUGGAUCGACUGGACCGAGAGUUUCGCACCAGACGAUGGCAAACGGGAAUGAGACGGAGGUGUAUUUAUCCGAGCAGGUGAUCGUGUUGUUUUCGUGCGCCCUGUCCUUCCUGGGCUCCUCUCUGAUCAUCCUCACCUACAUUAUUUGGUCGGAUUUGAGGACAACCCCGAGGAGGCUGCUGGUUUACCUCUCCGUGGCUGACUGGCUCUCCGCCGUCUCCUACGCCUUCGGAGUCUGGAGAGUUUUCCGCAGCGACUCGGUCGACUGCGUCGUCCAGGGAGCGAUAUCCACUUUCGCCAACACCAGCUCCUUUUUCUGGACCGUGGCCAUCGCUGUGUACCUGUACAUUUUCAUCGUCAGGUCCAGCCAAAGAGUCGCUGACAGCCUGGUGUUGUUCUUCCACCUUGUCAGCUGGGGUGUUCCUCUGGCCAUCACCGUUGCCGCCGUGUCCCUCAACAAGAUCGGCUACGAUGCGUCUGAGGUGUCGGUGGGCUGGUGCUGGGUCAGGAUCCACGCUCCGGACCGGGUCCUGUGGAUGCUGCUGACGGGGAAGAUCUGGGAGUUCUUGGCUUACCUCACCCUCCCUGUCCUCUACAUUUUGAUCAAGAGGCACAUCCACAUAGCGCAUGCAGCCCUGUCAGAGUACCGUCCCAUCCUGGCCAACAGGCCUCCGUCACACUCCUUCUCCUCCAUGGCUGACAUGAAGCUCACACUCAUUCCCAUCAUCUUCAUCGUCCUGCGCAUUUGGAGCACCGUGCGCUUCAUCCUGCUGCUAGCUGGCUCAUCGGCCAGACAGAACCCAGUGCUGGUCACCCUACAUGGUAUUGGCAACACCUUGCAGGGAGCAGCCAACUGCAUCAUGUUUGUUUUGUUUACUCGGCCGAUCCGCACACGCCUCUGCACCGCGCUCUGCUGCUGCUGCUGCUCGAAACGUCAGGCCGAGGCGCAUCGCUCGCAUGAAGCCCCUCACGGUCUGUUACCGGGACAGGACACCUCCACCCAGAGAGAAGAGGACAGCGCCGGCCGAGUCCGUACCGACAGAUGACACUUUAUCCUGCAGAGGAGAAGGUGGACAAAGGUUGACACGGAGGGAGCAGCGGAGGUCUCAGCUUCGCAUUAAGCCUUCAUUACAGCAAGUGCCUGCCAGAAGGGUCGCAGAUUCUGCAGGUGACAUCUGUGUCACACAACAGCACUCUGGGUGAUGGGAUGAUGCUGCCUGACUGUUGGCCGGCAUUAAGUGAAGCAUUUGUUGCAUUUAAUGUGCUGCGUCCCACACUUUAACCCUCUGAACCCCAAAAAACCGUUGGUGGGUUU